AUGCCCUCACAGGGCGAUGCCGGGAUUGUAGAUUUUGACACUGCGCCACACCGCUUCAAUCCAGGCCUUGUCUCUUCUCCACUUGUUACUGUGUUCACAAGGAGCCAAGAUGAAGAGGAUGCAGUCUUUGGACGGAAUGGAUGUGAAUUUGGCUCAUGUCGUCUACGGGUCGAGUUUACACGGCCUUUGCGAGGCUCUGGUGGUGGUGGCGGCGGCGGCGGAGGAGGAGGUGGUGGUGGUUAUGGGGCUCCCAGAGGAAGAAAUGGCCCCCCCUCUCGUCGGUCAGAAUUCAGAGUAAUUGUCACAGGUCUUCCCCCAUCAGGUAGCUGGCAGGAUCUGAAGGAUCACAUGAGAGAAGCUGGUGAUGUCUGCUAUGCUGAUGUACAUAAAGAUGGUAUGGGAAUUGUUGAAUUCAUUCGCAAGGAGGAUAUGGAGUAUGCUUUGAGGAAACUGGAUGAUACUAAAUUCCGGUCGCAUGAGGGUGAAACCUCCUAUAUUCGUGUUUGCCCAGAACGAAAUGCCAGCUACUCAAGAUCAAGAUCCCGUUCUAGAGGGCGUGACUCUCCAUAUCAAAACCGCCGCUCACCCUCCCCUUUCCGACCGUACUGAUCUGUAACCACAGGGACACUUUCUAUGGAUAUAAUUCUAAAGCCCAUCUGCUUUGAAGUUACAUUCCGCACCUGAUGGAUUUCAUCACCUUUUGUCUUUUUUAAUUUUAAUUUUAUUUAUUUUUUUAAAGAAAUGUGCUUCUGGCAUCUGUUUUAAAAACAUGUUUACCCCACCAGUUUCUAGUUUUUCAAUGUGGGCAUACAAGACAAGAAUAUGCCUAAAAGGAUGGAUGGCUUAAUUUUGAUCUGUGCAUUAGUGUGUGGAUAAUGAAUAUACUGUGACUAAGGGUGAAGCAAAAUAGUGGCACCAGGACAAGCAUAAGGGAAUAUGAUUGUCCAACUUUACCCAAUCUAUUAGAAAAGAUGUGUGAAAUUAACUUUUUAAUCCUGCUCAAAUUUGUAUGUUUUUUUUUCCUUUUUAUUAUAAAAGUGUUUCAGUUAAAUAAAGCAUCUGUAGCUGUCCUAUUAAAGUCUUGAUGCUGUGUUAA